AUGCUUCAAGAUGAAAGAUCUAGGAAAGCUAAAAUAUUUUCUGGGGUUGGAAAUUGCUCGCGGUCCAGAGGGUAUCUUUGUGUACAGCAAAAGUAUGCAUUGGAUAUCAUUACAGAGUGUGGACUGUUGGGUGCUAAACCAUCUCCAACGCCUACUGAACUGAACCAUAAACUUGUCAUGGCUGAUAAGACGAACUCUCAUAUGCUUCUGACGGAUCCUAGUAAGUACCGUAGACUCGUCGGUCGGCUCAUAUAUCUCACGUUCACUCGACCAGACUUGAGCUACAUUAUCCAAAUACUGUCGCAAUUCAUGCAGAAACCACUUGAGGAUCAUUGGUCAGCAGCAUUACGUGUUGUUCGUUAUUUAAAAGGUACGUCUGAUCAAGGGAUUAUGUUGUGGUCGAAGUGUGACUUGCAGAUCACGGCUUAUUGCGAUGCUGAUUGGCCUUCCUGUUCUUCUACUCGGCGUUCUCUUAGUGCUUAUGUUGUUUUUCUUGGAGACUCAUUGGUUUCAUGGAAGACAAAGAAGCAGAGAACGGUGGCUCGAUCCUCGGCUGAAGCCGAAUAUAGGGCCAUGGCUGAUACGACUUGA